UCAUCAUAUCUCAAGUCGUUGGGAGUGUAUUUGGUUUUUUUGUCUGUGAUAAAAGAAGCUAAAGUAAUUUAAUAACUUGUGUAGUAAGUAAAUCUAUGGCGUCUCAACAGGAGAAAAAACAGCUAGACGAGAGGGCCAAGAAGGGAGAAACCGUCGUGCCAGGUGGCACUGGAGGCAAAAGCUUGGAAGCUCAACAGCAUCUAGCUGAAGGGAGGAGCCGAGGAGGGAACACAAGGAAAGAGCAGUUGGGAACUGAAGGAUAUCAGAAGAUGGGACGCAAAGGUGGUCUUAGCACCGGAGACAAGCCUGGUGGGGAAGACGCUGAGGAUCAAGGAGAGGAAAUGGACGAACCCAUAUCCAGGACCAAAACCUAAUCAAUGUUUUAGAUGGAUGUGUAAUAAGCUGGUUAAAUAUUUCCAUGUAGCUAAACGUUGUGUUUGAUUUCCUGUGUAAGUUCUUCUCUAUUUAGUUCACAAGAUGAUGAUGAGCAUGUGUGUAUGUUCUCGUCUACGUAUAGGCCUUUAAUUUGGAAUAGUGUUUUGGUUUUGUUCAUACAGUUGUGUUUUGGCUUCUUAGCAUGGCUGAAGAAAGUAAUAUAUAAUAGCUAUUUAGCCUAUUUUCCCUUUGAAGUUUGAACCAUGUA